AUGAGAAAUGAAAUGCUCAGUAAAUUACAAACUGGACAUCAAGGAAUUGAAAAAUGCAAGAGACGAGCCAGACAGGUCAUAUUCUGGCCAAACAUAAACAUGGACAUUGUAAAGUCAUGUCCAACAUGCCAGAAACAUCAACUCAUGCAACCCAAAGAACCAAUGACAUAUCCAGACAACAGUAAUCAACCAUGGCAAAAAGUUGGAAUCGAUCUCUUCACUAUCGAAAAUAACAAUUACAUUGUUGGUGUAGAUUACUACUCGCAAUUCAUCGAAAUUGGUCAACUAAGGAGCUCAUCUUCAACAGCCGUGAUAAACAUACUGAAAUCCUGGUUUGCAUUGCAUGGUACGCCAAUGUUUCUUGUGUGGCCCUCAAUAUGCCAGUGA